GUCUCUGAAAGUAUUGCAGUAAUUAAAUAUCCGUCAAAGCAAUAUAGGAAACGAAAGUUGACGAACCCAUCAUCCAACAGACGUUUCAUAUGAGCUAGCGAACACUGGCUCAAAGCAGAUUGGUAUAGUCAUCGUAUAGUCGACCGAUAAGCCAGGAGAUGAGAAUUUGACGGGUUCAGAGACCCAAGUGAAAACAAGAUUUUCCAUUUAUGUCCACGUUAUUCUAAAUUUGUGUGUUGGUUUACUAUUAGAGAUUACAAGAAAACGUUAUGUAUCGAGAAGCCCAACGGUUGACGUAGGCUUGUGUAAUACAUGGGGUAUUUUGUUAUGGGAUAGAAACAAAACCAUCUACAGAAUAUUUAGAAAAUAAAUUUUAGAGAUUCCUUAUGUUUAUAUUAAAUUGGUAAAUCUGCGAUGUUUUGAUGACAGUUUGUUUCUCACCAGUAAAUUGGAGAUGCCUUUCUGAAUAAUAUCUCGUGUGAGAGUAAAGUAUAUAAUAGAUUAAGACGACAGCCAACUGGCUUACCCGAGGGAACGCAUGGUGUCCGCUAAGUUUGUGUGUCCAUUUAUUUUCUAAAUUUUAGCUAAAUUUUGCGAGAAUCUUAACACAUGCAUUUCUAUGAAAUUCGCUCAACAAACACAGCGUGUGCUUUUAUUGCUAAUGACAAAGGAAGAGCUACACCAAAUAAUUGAUAUUGAUAUAAUGGGGUCACUCUCUACAAUAAAAUACAGAAACCUCUAUAUCCUGGUGAUAACUGAUUAUAUCACCAAGUGGUGAAAAUCUGAUCCUAUCCCAUAACAAAAUACCCCAUGUAUUACACAAGCCUACGUCAACCGUUGGGCUUCUCGAUACAUAACGUUUUCUUGUAAUCUCUAAUAGUAAACCAACACACAAAUUUAGAAUAACGUGGACAUAAAUGGAAAAUCUUGUUUUCACUUGGGUCUCUGAACCCGUCAAAUUCUCAUCUCCUGGCUUAUCGGUCGACUAUACGAUGACUAUACCAAUCUGCUUUGAGCCAGUGUUCGCUAGCUCAUAUGAAACGUCUGUUGGAUGAUGGGUUCGUCAACUUUCGUUUCCUAUAUUGCUUUGACGGAUAUUUAAUUACUGCAAUACUUUCAGAGACAUCGAACUGAUGAAAUUCUUUCAUCUGUCUUAUAGACAUUAAAAUUCAUAGCGUUUUACUGCGGGCGGUGGAAUUUUGUUGCUUCAAAUUAUGUAAAUCUCCAGGAACUUCAGCCUAUCAACAUUUAGUUUUGAUGAUCAGAUUUUGUUAGUUUGAUGUCUUUGUUAUUGCUAUUCAUUACUGAUUGCUUUUAUUACUAAAUGUAAUUCCAUUAUAUUUUCUGACUGUUUCAUUGGUUCACUUCUUCUCCCAUUUCCUUCUUUUUUAGAUUACCACAUAAGCGCUUCCGUCAUAUAAAAUAUCACUAGACUAGACGUAAAUUGCUACAUAUUUGCACUUCACCGGGGAAGUUACUUCUGAGAUAAUUACAAUUGUCUGGUCGAGUUAGACACUAUUAAUUACUAAGUAAAAGUUUCAUUUCGAAUACAUGUUACCCGUUCCUCCGUCUUAUGAAAAAGGAACACCAAGCUGGUCAUCACUUAAACGCAAAUCAUGGCUUCGUCCGAAUUCUUCAAACUGUGCACGAGAGAAUGUUUAUGAGAGUCAUUUGCUGAAAACUGAGAAAGUAGCUGAACAUGAACCUAUGCUAUUGCCUAAUUGUCGUCCCUAUUCAUGUUUUCCACCAGUUAGGAUACUUAAAAUGAAAACACUAAAUACUACUGAAUAUCAAUUUCCUAUUAUCUUGUAUAAUAAUGAAAUGUUGAAGGAAAAUUUUAUAUCACCUGUAAAUAAACUUUUAAAUUUGCCUAAAAAUAUUAAAAUAAGAAGGAAAUUAACAUCAAUAAAUAAUAUUCAAUUAUUAAAACUCCCGGCAAAUUGUUCAACAUUACCAUGGGAAUGUAAUAGUAAUAAUAAUAAUAAUAGUAAUGUAAAUAAACUACUAUCUUUGGAUGAAAUUAAAUCCCUGACUAAAUUCAAUUCAAAAACAAUGAAAAAGUUUAAACAACAACAUUCUGUAAAAUUAAAUUUAUUAAAAAGUCAUUUCUUAUCAAAUGAAUAUGAUUUACCAAAUAAGUCCAAUAUACAUCAAUUAUUAAAAUUGAAUCAAAAUAAUUUUACUACUAACUAUCAAUUAAGUAGUAAUGUUAAACUAUUACAAUUACCAUAUUUAUAUCAUUCAAAUGAAAGAAAAUUUCAUGAUAAUAAAACUAAUGAUAAAAUUUCUAACAAUAAUAAUAUAACUUCAAAAGAAGCGUAUCAUUCAAAUUUGAAAAAAACUAAAGACUGUAAAUCAACAUCAAAUGAAUAUACAUUACAAAUAUUAGCAUAUCCAAUGGAUAAUGAAGAUCAACCUACAUUAAAUGAUAUUUCAUGGGUAUUGGAAACAACUAAAGAAAAUAUCAAACCUAUUUCUGUGAAAGACUACAAUGUAUCACAGUGUAACUUUGAUUCUUCUAUUCAAGAUGAUAAAAAAUCUUAUAAUGAUUGUGGAGUUCAAUUUAAUUUUGUUGAUUAUGGUGAACCUAAAACUCAAAUUGGUUGCAAUACAUUUACUAACUGUAAGAAUGCAGUGUGGCCUUCUGAUUGUGUUGAACAAUUGUUGUCCAAUGAUAUUGCACAUGUUACUAAACAAUUUCUAAGUAUACAUACAUCUGACCUGAUAGAUUGGAAUAAUGAAGAUAAAUGUAUUGUACCAUAUGUUCCAUUACAUAUUAAUACAUCUAAUAUUUAUGAACAAAAUCAUUGUAAUCUUAUUACAAAUGUAAAUUCACCAGAUAACAAACAACCAAUAGAAAUGAAUAAUACAAUUAGUCCAUCAAAUAUUGUACAUAAUCAAACGUCGUUAAUAACAAAAUCACAAACAAAAACUGUAACAACAACAACGACAAAAAUGACAACAAACAAUUCGUCUGAAAAUAAACCAGAAUUAUUAAUCAGUGAUUUAGUUACUUCAAAAAUGUUGCAAAAUUCCAAUACAAUAAAUCAAGUCAAUAAACAAUCAAUAAAUAAUGAAAUCACAUCAUUAUUAUCAUGUAAUAAACAAGUAUCAAGUUAUUUUCCUUUAGAUGUAGUAAAAGCAUUAAGUGAAAUUGAUAAUCGUUUAAACGUGAUUGACCAAGUUUCAGUUCAAUUAGAACGUGAUCAUAAACGUAAUCAAGAACUUCUUGAAACAAUUAUUCAAAUGAAUAAAGAACAAAGCCAAGUUAAUCCAUUUUUUCAGUUAGAUGAACCAAACAAAAGUGAGGCAACUUCUCAACAACAAAAAGUACAGUUACCUGAUGAAUUAAAUUUCAAAGCCGAUCAAUUACAUAAUCAAAAACUAAUUGAAAGUAAAAUUAAUCUUGAUGUCCGAAGUCAACAAAAUGAUUGUACGAUUGUAAAACAACAAGUUAAAUCGCCUAAACCAAAUGAAAGAUCACAUUCAAACACUGGUUAUAAUACUGAUGAACGUGAAAAACUUAGAAAAGAAAGACGAGAAGUUUCAAUGACACGUCGUUGUAAUGAAGCUAGACAGUUUGUCAAUGAAAUUUUGUCGGAUAGUAUUUUACCAAAACAGUCAUCACCAAGGUUAGAUCAAUCAGUCAUUCCAAAACUUUCAAAUACUCCAAUAAAAAGAGGUCGAAGUCAAACUCGCAGUCGUGGUACAUCAAGAGUUUUAAAUCAACGUAAUUUUACAAACAAUUACAUUAUCCCGUCCAGUCCAAAGCCGCCUACUUCUGUCCGCUUUCAUUAUAAUGGAAGAAGUGGAGUUACAGCUAGAGGAGCGCGUAACAUCUCAGGAACCAGAAGACAACAAACAAAGAUUGUACAAAAGCCAUCUGUACUAAAUCAUCCAAAUCCUGAUACACAAAAACACCCAACUUAUGAAGAUGACUUACAGACAACAAUUUUAAGCGAUUGGUCACUAGAAAGUGAUGUGAAGAGAAUACUCUAUGGAGAUGAAGAAGACAGAUUUUGCAGUUCAUCUAGGCUACAAAGUGCCAGUGGAAUUUCUAAUUUUGAUCAGGAGUCACAAAUUCCACAAAGUCCACAAUCCUUACCAGAAACUGAUCUCCUUACUGAAAUAGGUGGCGUUCCAAGCACCAGCUUUAUUGAUUGGGAUGAGAUCGAUGAACUGAUUGGUGAUUCAUAACAGUAUAUUGUACUGAACUUUUUAAACUUACUACGUAUCUUUAUAAUUUUUUCUUUUGUAAAAAAUUAAUGCUCACAACAAAAAUCUUAUCAUUGGUAGAUUUCAAAAAUCAUAAGUUUAACACAAUCGAA